AUGGGCUUGAAAAUCUCUAAAUUGCCCUCCAAUCAACAUGGAUGGAAUCUGCAACGUCAAAAGCGCAAAGACCUCAAUUCGCGUAACAAGGGGCUUGGGGUCACAUAUCAGUCUUCACCGAUGGGUGAUAUUGAGAAAAUGAAGACCAUUACAACCGCUCCUCUACAGACCCCAGAGAUGAAAAUUAGUCCAACCUCAAUCUGCUCUAAGACUUCGAGUGUUGAAUUGAGCUUUCCAAGUAGUUCUACACCCUCAACAAUUCCCACUCUACAUUCAGAGACAGAUUUUAAUAAUGCGGAAUCAAUUGUUGACUCCGAUUUAGUCGUUGACUCUCGGAGCCAUAAAAAUAGACGCCCACAAAAGACUUCGACACCAUCAUCUGAAAAAAAAUCUUCAAAUGGAGCAAAGAAACCUCACAGGAUGGUCUUAACUACUGCACCUCUGUCAUCAAAUGGUCUAGGAAUUGAAGAGACCAAACGCGGCAGGUUUGAGUGCCAUUUUUGGGUGCCAGAGACGGCAUUAAGUGUUGUCACUGACAAGAAUGAUCGUCGACUGAGGAGCAUAGCGCGCAGCAGUGGAUGCAGCAUUGAACUUACCGACGACACCAGAUUGGAUCCUUUUGGUAUUCCCAAACGCAAAGUGCUCAUUCGCUCUGUCACCACCUAUGGCAUGGUCAAGUGCCGCAACCUCAUUGAGGCCAGAUUUCCAAGCUUUACAGUGCACAAGACUCCCGUCACAAAGGUUGCUACUCCUCACUGA